GGGGUAAGUUCGAGCGGCCGCGGCGCCGGGCUGGAGGUGCCUUUGACAGCGCGUGUGGGCGCAUGGCGGUUCCUCGGUGCGUGAGGCCUUUGGGCGCCUCGCGCUGAGUCGCGAGCCGCCCCGCUCCCCGGAUGGAAGCGCAGGCCGGGCUCCAGGUGCCGCCUCUUUCCGGGCGGGCUCCCCGGGGCCGCUGCUGGGUGCUGCCCACCGCGCUGCUCUGCCUGUACGGCUUCUUCGCCAGCCUGCGGCCCUCGGAGCCCUUCCUCACCCGCUACCUGCUGGGGCCGGACAAGAACCUCACCGAGACCCAGGUUUUCAAUGAAAUUUAUCCAGUAUGGACCUACUCUUAUUUGGUGUUGCUGUUUCCUGUAUUCCUUGCAACAGACUAUCUCAGGUACAAACCUGUAAUCCUCCUCCAGGGACUGAGCCUUAUAGUGACAUGGUUCAUGCUGCUCUAUGCCCAAGGAUUGCUAGCUAUUCAGUUCCUCGAGUUCUUCUAUGGAUUGGUGACUGCUACGGAGAUUGCCUAUUAUUCCUACAUCUAUAGCAUUGUGGAUUUGAACUUGUACCAGAAAGUCACCAGCUACUGUCGAAGUGCCACCCUGGUGGGUUACACUGUGGGUUCCAUCUGUGGACAGGUUCUGGUAUCGGUUGCCAAUUGGUCUCUGUUCAGCUUGAACGUCAUCUCCCUGACCUCUGUGUCUGUGGCUUUUGCCACAGCUUGGUUUCUGCCAAUGCCACAGAAAAGUCUUUUCUUUCACCACGUCUUGAGAAGCCAGGUCAGUAGGGAGAUGACAACUCCAUUUUUACAAUCUAGAACUUUAAUCGGAGAUGAUCCUGCCUUAAAAAGAGUCCCUGGGUGGGAAGACAUUGAAUCGAAAGUUCCCUUAAAUGUAGAAGAGCAUUCUGCAGCGACACAGGAGCAGAAAGUGGAGAUCUCAAAGGUGCUCAGAGAGCUGUGGCGGGACUUCCUGCAGUGCUAUUCCUCCCGGCCUAUGCUCUGCUGGUCUGUGUGGUGGGCAUUCUCAACUUGUGGCUACUUCCAGGUAAUAAACUACACGCAAGGCUUGUGGGAAAUGGUGCUGCCUUCUCAGAGGUUCGAGAUCUAUAAUGGUGGCGUGGAGGCAGUUUCUACGCUACUAGGAGCUGUUGCUGUAUUUGCUGUGGGUUACAUAAAAGUAUCCUGGGCUACCUGGGGUGAGGUGGCAUUGGCCCUGUUCUCCUUCCUCAUUGCUGCUGCUGUAUAUGUCAUGGACACUGUUCGUAACAUCUGGGUGUGUUAUGCCUCAUAUGUAAUCUUCAGAAUUGUCUACAUGCUUCUCAUCACAAUAGCAACGUUCCAAAUUGCUACCAAUCUAAGCAUGGAGCGGUACGCCCUGGUGUUUGGUAUCAAUACUUUCAUUGCCUUGGCUUUGCAGACUUUGCUCACCUUGAUUGUUGUUGACUCCAGUGGUCUUGGGCUAAACAUAUUCACACAGUUCAUGAUCUACGCUAGUUACUUUGCAGCCAUAUCGCUGGUGUUCUUGGUCAGUGGCAUAUACAGUGUUAUGAAGAAUUACAGAAGACAGGAAGAGAUGCCAAGCAGUUCUACUGCAAGCCCUCCUCAGUGCAGCGAAUGAGGACAUAUUCAGCUGUGAUUCACUGCUCUUGCCUGUGUCUGUGUGAGUGAACAAGUGACAGGUAAUUUCUAUUUCACCCUCCUGCUUCAAAAUCUGCUGUUCAUGCUGCUGUGUGUGCAGAGAGAGAGAGAAUAACUUUUCAUACUCUCCAUUUCAUUUCUACUGUAGUGUAGUCUGGAACACCUUUGUCUAUACUUAUCCUGUUUAAAAAAGGUCCUAUCAGAAUUCAUUCUAAAAUUAUGAAAACCUACCAAUUGCUGUCUGUCUUUUAGUUUGAGAGAAACCUCCAACUGUUGAAUGAAAUUUUUGUCUAACUCAAGCUCUGAGAGCAAGUUGAAUUUUGAUAUUCCUUUGGUGUCUUAAAUUUCCAGCAUUCACUCUAGACUGUUAAAAAUUUUCACAAAACAUGCUCUUCCUCUAGAUAGAUUAACUGGGACUGAAUUUUUGCAUCCAACAUUGCUUCUUAAAGACACCUUACUUCACUGUUCUUGACUUAAGCCUUAACUUUACACUGCUGCAUUUCAUAGUAAUUAUACCUUUCACGCCUUUCAGCUUAAUCCUUAUGCUAUUGUAGCUAUUCUAUUUUGCUAUUGAAAUGUCUUGUGAAAAUUGUAACAAUAAUUAUGCAUGUGUGUACACUAAACAUUAGUAUUGUGCUUACAGUGGUCACAUCAUUUGAAGUUAUUUUUUGACUCUCCCAGUCAGUUUUAAAAGUAUUUUCCUGAGAGCAUUCAAAAGAAGUUACUACUUGGCUUUCCUAAAGCUUGUUUAGUUUAAAAUGCUAAAAUUGUAUUGCCUUGUUUUAUUCAAUUCCUAAUUCAGUUUAGACUGUGAUAUAGCUCAAGUAUGUUAGUUCAUAGAAACCUGGUGGAGUGAAGUGGAUUUGCCUGCAUUUAUUUUGUGACUCAGUUGCCUCAUUCAAAUUUGUAUUUACCCGUAAAGUACUGUUUCUUUAAGUAUGAUUUUGUGUUAUAUUAAGGAUUUGUAGUGCUGCCUUUUUCAGUCAUACUGUACUCUUUUUUUUUAGUUGACUUGUCAAAGUGGUAUUGUAUCCUGAAUGACUAAUGGAAUGACAUAGAUGUUUAAUUUGUGGUUAUUUGUUUAACUUGUACUUGCUUUGUGGUAUUGUUUCCUUUGACCUAGUUGAUGCUUUGAUUUUUGAUGUAGUUUUAGAAUGUAUACUCUAUUUUAAUAUGGUUUCUUUUGCACAGUCAACAUAUUGUAUCACUUAUUUAUUUACAUUUAUGUAAUCCUUACCUGCUAAUUUUUGAAUAGUAUUUUCUUUUGUUUUUAAUUUACUUCUAUAACUAAUUUUAAUAAAAACUUUUCAUUUAUUUUAAAGUUGUUUCUUUGGUUGGUUGGCAUUCCCUAAUGCGUUAGAAAAGAAUUCUUGGUGGUAGAAUGUGGGACCACCUCCCUAGUCUAACAAAUUAAUAGCUAUCAAUAAUUCUAUUUUUGGCUCUUGUAUUCCCUGAACUACUCAGAUGAGAAACGACUAGUUAAUAAUUCCAUGCAAUUGUUGUUUCUCUGAGUUAUCAAUUUUGAUAGUUUGGUAAUCUAAUUUUAAAAUUACCUCAUGCUCAACGCUUUCAAAGACAUGUUUUUACCCCCACACUUAAAUCCUGUUGUUUACACAGGAAACAGAGGCAUUUUUAAAUACAUAUUUUAAAUGGGAACAAGUUAGUUGGAGUUUGAUUCUACAGCUGCUUUGGAUUUAGGACUCUCACUGAUGUCAGUCAAGUGUCUGAUGCAUCAGGCUCUUCUUGUUUUGAAUACUCUGCUCUAUGGGAAGCUAUGAAAGGUCUCUUCUAGGACUUGUGGGCUCCAGUUCUUUGCUGCGUUGUCUUUAACCUGUGGGAAUUGUUUCAGUAGAGGCUAGACCUUCUUUGAACGAACUGGUGGUGCCUAUGCUGCUAACAUGUUAAGGAAAUAAAUAUAUUGCCAUUGCCAUUGCCACAGGCAGAAUUGCCCUCCCCAGUAUUGUUAUAAUAAAUGAAACAUCUCCCCUGCUGUUUUUAUAGCUAUUGAGAGAGAGAAAACAACAAAGCAGUAGGAGAGAUGUUAUCUGGUACCAGUGCUGUAGGUACACAUGGAAAAAUGGUCUAAUGGUUAAAGAAUAGGGACUAGAAGUUAGGAGAUCAUGGGUUCUCUUCCUACCUCUGCCAAUGACUUUCUUUAAGACUGUGGCUGAGUCAUCUUGCUUCUCAGUGCCUCAGAUCCCCAUUUUACAGGUGGGAAUGAAAAUAUCUCCCUACUUUACAGGGGUUGAAAGGCUAAAUCCGUUCACGAUGGAAACCCCAUUGGGAUCCUCUCUUGUAAGGUGCUGUAGAAAUAGCUAGGCAGUGGUAUUGUCCACCACUUUACCUAUAUGCCACAGGUAUCAACAGUAUAUUGUUGUGUGUCAAUAAAAGUCUUGUGAAAAUAAGAAUAUUUUCCCCUCUUGUAGCAUUGCUGUAACACAAAGC